ACAUACGAGAUGAUCACAGAAGCUAGUGACGGCAAUGGGUUCCAGUUUGUUGUGUCUUACCACUUUGAGUCGAACGUGCGAGCGGGAGGUGAUCGGAGUCACCCAGCACGAGUUAAACGGCUGGCUCAGGAAACAGUCACUCUGUCCACGUCACUACCCACUGUCAUUCAGCAGUUCUGUGUUUGUCCGGUGCGACGCCGACCGAUUAGACAUUAUGAAGGUGUUGAUAACCGGACCAGCGGAGACACCGUAUGCCAACGGUUGCUUCGAGCUAGAUGUGUACUUCCCACCCGACUACCCCAACUCCCCUAUGCUAAUUAACCUAGAGACAACAGGCCACCACACGAUUACGCUUCAAUCCUAA